UCCUCUCGCCAAUCGGAAGUGCUAGGAGGCGGGUCUGCCAGUCUGUGGACGUCACGGCGCCAUGAACAUCUUGCCCAAGAAGAGCUGGCACGUCCGGAACAAGGACAAUGUCGCCCGCGUGCGGCGUGAUGAGGCCCAGGCCCGGGAGGAGGAGAAAGAGCGUGAACGGAGGGUGCUGCUCGCUCAGCAAGAGGCCCGCACAGAAUUCCUUCGGAAGAAAGCCAGGCAUCGGAACUCCCUGCCGGAGCUGGAAGCAGCAGAUGCAGGGGCCCCGAGUUCUGGGCCUGUGGACCUGUUCCGGGAGCUGCUGGAGGAGGGGAAAGGGGUGACCAGAAGCAACAAAGAGUAUGAGGAAGAAAAGCGACAGGAGAAAGAGAAGCAGGAGAAAGCUCUGGGCAUCCUGACGUACCUGGGCCAGAGUGCCGCGGAAGCCCAGACUCAGCCCCCCUGGUACCAGCUGCCCCCGGAGCGAGGGGCACCCCCGCCCGGCCCAGAACCAGAUGUGAAGGUCAAGAGCCGCCUGGACCCUCUGCUGGAGAUGCAGAAACAUUUGGGGAAGAAGAGGAGGCACAGCGGUGACCAGGGCAGACGCAGCAGAAAGGAAGCGGGGCCUGAGAAACAGCGGCCCAAAGAGUCCCCGUCCCUGGACCAGCUUCGAGCUGAACGCCUUCGGCGGGAAGCCACUGAGAGGGCACGAGCGGAGGCCCUGCUGGCCCGGGUCCGAGGGGCACAACAGGAGGAGCAGCCGGAAGAGACAGAUGAUCGGCGGCGGCGGUACAACUCCCAGUUCAACCCGCAGCUGGCCCGGCGCCCCCGCUGGCAGGACCCCCCGCUCCCUCACUCCUGAGGGGUACAGGAGAGGCUGCUGCUGCCAGCCGUCAUAUAAAACUAUUUAUU